AUGGUCAAUUUGCGGGCGUCUUCAAUGCUGAGGGUGCCAGGGCGGUACCAAGAAGACUUCGGGCCAUCUCGCGCUGACAGACCCAUCUUCGCGCACCCGGACGUGCCCUUCAACGUAGCCCUGGUGCAGCACUGCGCCCAUCCCAGUCUGCCGCUGGACCACCCGGGCCUUGGGCCUUCAGAGGCAGAGUGCGCUCGGCUUGCGGCUUUGGCGACAAAGGAGACGACGGCAGCAGAGCCCGAGAGCAUGGGUGACGAGACCGACAGUGAUGAGUCGUUUGAUGGAGAGGAUGAGGACGACGACUACGACGGCCGGCAGGCUUCGGCGAGCGGCCGGAGGGGUCAAACCACUGGGCAGGCCCCUUCGCGCCCUCCUCGCACGGGUGGCCAGGUCGGCCAAGGGGGCCAACCGUUUGUUCCAGCGCCCCUAGAUCAGCCGGCCCGCGCCGCGUACGUUGCGAAGGUGCCCAGAGGGGCGAAACCCGCGGGGAGAUCGGAAGGGGGCGGAAAGGGUACCACCUCGGCCGGAAACUCAAAUGAGUGGGUGGAAGAGACAGCUCCCGCCAACAACCAGGCCGCCCGCCCGAACUGGGCAAACCUUUCGGAUGGCAUCAAGUAUGCCAUCAUCUACGACAUGACCCGGACGGUCCCCUUCUCCCAGGCCGUCCAGCAUCUCGGCCUCGAAUACGACGAGGUCAUGUCGCUCCUCGCGCUCAUCGAGGCUGAGCGCAAGAAGAAGAAGACCUACGACGCGCUCAUGCAGCGCCGGGGGGCUGCCGAGAUUUCCUCCAGCGACGAGCUGCUGGCGCUAGCCCCUGUCACCGAAGGCAUCACGGCCAGGGAGGAGGGCACCAAUGGCGACAUCCACGACGUCGAGAUCGACGAGGGCGGCAUGGACUUCGUCAACGACUUUAACGUCUCGAGCGGUGGCGAGCUCGAAAGCAGCAGGACUAGAAGGCAGAUGCUCAACAUGACGGGGCCGGAGUUGAUCCUGCGGCUGGAUCCUCCCCCCAAUUCAGUCAACCCCCGCCGGCUGAAAGGUGGCGGCCCGUCAGCGCGCGCCGAGAACCUGGAGUCGCUGCAAGCCUCGCUGUCCAAUGGCUUGCACCAGGAGAACUAUGAGGUCAAGGACCAGACCACCGGCCCGUCGGCGAUCCUGGACACGUUGCGCAGGCCGUCUUGGGAAUCUCUGCGCCCGGUCAGCAACAUCCCGCUGGCCAACUUGACCGUCUUCACCGCCCGCUCGUUUGAGUUCAAUUUCGGCGAAUUUAUUAGCGAGAGCGACGAGGAGACGGAAUGGGCCACUGAGCGUCCUGACAACAUGGCCCAGCCUACUGCGGCGCUUGAGAGCCUCAGUCUUGAGGAUUACCUUCCAAUGCCGCGUCUCGAGGAGCCGCCCAACCCAGUUUGCUUCACGUACCCGACUGGCCAGGCAUCCGACCCUUAUCCGCACGCGCCUGGCAAUGCCUCUGUGAGCCCCUCGGACAUCAACUUUGACAUUCGGAUGUUCGCCAAUGACACCGCCGACUCGUCUGAAGCCACCGUCGAUCGGCAAGCAGUGGACGUUGGUCAGCAGCAAAGCGGCUGUGAGAUUGCCGCUACUGCCUCGGAAUUGGCCCCUUCCCAAGCGGCGGCGGAACAAGAGGUCACGCGGACCGCCUUUGCCGACGAAGAUUGCGAGAUGCGAGACGUCUCGAACCAGAUCCCCAGCCGACAGGCCUCCGGACCGGUGAACACCGAACCCAAUAUCGUUCUGUCGGUUGAGGUCCACGAGCGCAUCCCGGCGGCGCAAGCUGUUCCAUCGCAAGCGGAUCCCAGCGCGCUAGCCCUUCACGCCUUUCUCAAUGCUCCUGCGCCGACUGUUCGCCCUCUCGACCCCGAAAUAGCGAUGAGUACUGCCGAGAUAUUGGCCAAGUAUAAUCGCAGGGUUUCGUUCGCCGGCGACAACCCAGUUUCUUCCGAACCACGUCGUCCUACUCCAGUGGUUCGACGUCAGUUGUUGCAAGGGGAAUGUGUGGAGGACGAGAUUUCGGACGAAGACAAUUUACCCCGUUACAUCCCUCGUCUGCGCGAACCAGAUGAUACAGAGUGGAAACCGGCCAACCGCAGGUCUGGGACAAGAUACCCUAGGAGCAGAGCCCCAGGGGGGAGAGCGUCUGGUGCAGGAUCAUCUGGCGCAACGUCAUCGGGCGCAAGAAAGCGCACCUGUACUGAGUCGCCCAGCGCGGAACAAGCACCUAAGCGCGCUCGCCCUACGCCUGCUGCCCCCAGACACCGAAGUGCAGCUGGCGACAACACGUCUCCCACUCCCGUCAAGCGCGGCCCGGGAAGACCCAGAAAGAGGCCGCUUCCUGUUGCGACUCCCAAACCGCCCGUAAAGCUGCCACCCGCGAGUCCGACACCCGCAUCGAUGACAUCGUUCCCUCUGGCAGGCGUGCCAUCUGGCCGGCCGACACGGCAGGCGGCCGUUCUGCAACACUUAACUUCGGAUACGACCCAGAGCUCAAGCAACGCAAUGACGGACGACGCAGUCGCGGGAAUGCAAGCGGCACUUUCCCAGCUCGAGUGCCCGUUUACCGCUGCCAGGUUCGCCGUACGGCCGUCUUCGUUCCUCGCAACUGCUCCAAAUGAGCCAGAAAAUUCCGAGGCUGGUGAACAGAACGGCCGGUCCGCGCCGAAGACCACUCAGCGUAGGAAGAGGGAGCCGGAGCUCGACGAGGAGGGCCAACCGAGUAAGCCCAAGCGAAUCCGGAUCAAGAUCGCUCCCAGUCCCAAGGUUGACAAGACCGUACAAGCCAUCGAGCCCAAGAGGCGCAACCGCAAGGCAAAAGCCGACGAUGACGGCAAUCCGGUCAAGCCCAAGAGGAGCCGCGCCGCACCCAAGCUCGACGAGAACGGGAAUCCAGUCACGAAAAAGGUAAACCGCCGCCCGCCCCAAUACGACGAGAAUGGCAACCGGGUUAAGCUCGUACGGCGCAAGCGCAAUCUCGACUCACAAGGUAGGCCCAUCAGGUGUAGCACGGUCAAGGGAACCAGUUUCCACGUCCGCCCGAACGUGGUGAUGCGCUCAAGCGAGGGCGAGGAGAUGACGCGCGGCGAGUUCGAUAGAGCCUUCAAGGUCCACGAACGGAGAUAUCUCCCAGGCGGCGUUGUUGGUGGCGGCCGAUAUGAAAUCAUCGAAACUGGCGUCAUCUGGUCGUUCACAACGGAAUACCGGAACGAGUCAGGCCAGGAGAUCGCGAACGCAGGAUCGGGCGAUGAAGGGGAUUCUCAGCGGCAAAACGACAGCCAGCGGUCGGCUCGUGCGGGGAGCUCCCGGGCUGGCGGGGUGCACUCGGAGUACGGCGCUGGCACCAGCCAGGAGAGCUUCCAGCUGAGUGCUGAGAUGACCGACGAAGACAGCAGCUACGAGGCCUCGGCUGAUCCGGGCGACAUGAAGAUCAAUGAGCCGGCUCCCAGGAACGCUCUUACUGGUCCCGCUGAGCCCCAGCCGGCUUUUGGCACCCCAGCGCGCAAUCCGUCCCGCCUGGUCCUCGGGUUGGCGCCUCCAAACCGGUCCGGACAGACCAGACUCAGUGGUUUUACUCGGCCCAACACCCCCACCCAUAUCGCCCUGCCGCCUGCAGCGAUUGGACCGCUGGCCGUGACUGUCCCCAUGGCCCCGAAUGUCACCGCUACCGCUGGCCCGACAGCAGCAUCCGGUUCGACUCGCCCGCGUGCCCCGCAUCAGCGUGCCACGACUCGCGCAACUGGUCCGACCGCCUCCGACCCCCGUGUCGCUGCCCGGGUGGCCGAGUUGAAUGAGCGGUGCAGCAGGUACAGCGUCCAAACCAGGGAUCGGUUUAACUCAGACCAGGAAUUCCUCGAUUACGCCGAGGGGAUGCUUCCGCUUCUCUACCCUAACACCGGCGGCGGACGCUAUGCUCCCGCCAAGCUGUACCAUGAUGGCUCGGGCGGUGGUGGUCGUCGUACUGGGCCGUCUGCUUCGAUUUUUGGAGGCCAGGAUUCGUAUAUCUGA